AUGGCGCCCACGCGCUAUUCCCUCUCCAUCAAACCCCCCGACCGUUCCGCGGAAGAUGGAUCCGCGGAAGCUCCCCCGCGGAGAAGCAGCCUCAGCAGCAACUUCACCCCUGGGGGAACCGGAACUGCAGCUGGCGGAGCAGCCGCGGGCGCAGCAGGCGUAGCGGGGGGGUCGGGUGGGGCGGGCAGAGGUCACUACGACGCCGGGCCUUGGGCUAUUCGCGUUCCCAGUAACGAUACGGACGUGCGAAAUUUCCAGGAAGCAGGCAGGGAUCCAUGGAGGUAUAUGGCAGGAGAUGGCGCGGGGAGGCUGGGUAGCGCGGAUUCCAGCUACGGUGCUGGGGGAGGAAUGGGGGGAGUGGGGGGAACAAGCGUUGAAGGUGGUCCCGGGGGAGGUGGGCCCGGGGGAGGCGCAUCUGGAUCAAGAUUCGGGUUUGAGGGCGGCAGGAUCCAGCGGAGAUUCUCUCUUUCCACCCCGCGGGAGAUCGCCAGGCUGGCCCAUGCGUCCGGUGGCAGCACCAGUGCCAGUGGCAGCAAUGGGCCUGAAAGGCAGGGGCUGCAGGCGCAUCCGCCACAGGUGCAGGCGCAUUUGCAGCAGCUGCUGUACCCGCUUCACCAGCACCUGACCCAGUACCAGCAGCAGCAGCAGCAGCAGCAACAGCAGCAGCAGCAACAGCAACAGCAGCAACAGCAGCAGCAGCAAGGAAUGAACAUGCCGGGCACACCCCGUCGUCCCACCUUCUACCGAGGCCUCUCCUCAUCCUAUGAAGAGGCUGCUCAAGAUGCAAUCGCAGCCGUCCAAGCUGCCCAGGCAGCAGCAGCAGCCGCCGCGUCAGCCAACGGCCCCUCCAAUUCCGGCUCGUUUUCCACCGUUGGUUCGGGCAGUUUCAAUAAUGCCCUGGGUAAUUUCCUCCGGCAGCCAACUACCCCUCGGUCGAUACCACCCUCUCAGUCUUCUACCCGCGUUGAGCGGCUGCUGAGGGAGAGGCAGAUGAGGCGCAGCACGAGCUUCCUGCAGUUCGACGUGGACUCAGUAGACGGGCGGAUCAUGACGCCACGUGGCAUUGCCACGUCACACGGCAGUGCGGGCCGCAACUCCAGUUAUGACAACCUGGCUGCUGCUGCCGCUGCCCACACCCCCCACAGCUCCUCCAUUCCCACCCCGUACUCCUCCACACCACCCCGUCUCCCCUCUGCCGCCGCCUCACCAUACCCUCUCUCGUCAUCCCCGCACAUGGCCUCAUCACCCGCCAUCCCUCGCCCCUCAGGCUCCACGCCUCGCCUGUCCUCGUCUCUCACGGCUUAUCCGGCGUUCAGGACUGGGGGCGCCAUGCCGAGGGUGCAGAGCAGUGGAGAGCUCACUGUUGCGGCGGCUCAGGCAGCAGGUUUGGCGGAUAGGAUUCCGGAAGAGGGGAUGGGAGCGGGGGAUGGGGGAACGGGGAGUGCGAGUCCUGGGGUGACGGUGCUGCCAGGGGUGGCUGGGAUUCCGGGAGUGGCUGUUCCGGGGGGUAUGGGAGCAGGAGGAGCAGGGCCGGCUGUAGCGAGGCUGGCUGUAGCGGGGACGGAUGUAGCUGGACCGGCUGUAGCAGGGACGGCUGUAGCAGGGCAGGCUGUAGCGUCACCACCACAUAGGAUGGGCGGUAGGCCAGGUACCCCUAGUCAUGGUUUAGACCCAGGCCGGAUGCAUGAACCGUUAGGGCCAGCAGCAGCGGUGUCCCUUGCAGCUGAAGCAGAAGCAGCAGCAGCGAUGGCAGCAGCAGCAUCUGCGGUACCAGCCGUUGCAGCAGCGGCGGCAGCAGCAGCAGCAGCAGCAGCCAUCCCCCAGCCUGUACCAGUGGAGCCUCCCCGGGUUGAACCCCCGCCGACCCCGCCGCCCGCGCCGGCGGCCCAGCAGCGCAUGCAGCGGCUGCUGAUAGUGGCCAACCGCCUGCCCGUGCGCGCCAGCCUGCAGCCUGAUGGCACGUGGGCGCUGGAGUUAUCUGCAGGGGGGCUAGUCAGUGCGCUGCUAGGAGUGAAGCAGAACUUUGAGACGUGUUGGAUCGGGUGGCCGGGGCUGUACCUGCACUCGCCUGCCGACCAGCAGCAGCUGCACGACGCCCUGCAGGCCAAGGGGUGUGUGCCUGUGUUUCUAGACGAGAACACAAUGAACGCCUAUUACAACGGGUACUGCAACAACGUGCUGUGGCCGCUGCUGCACUACAUCGGCCUGCCCCAGGAGGACCGCCUCUCCGCCACGCGCUCCAUCCAGGCGCAGUACGGCGCGUACCGAUCGGCCAAUCACAGCUUUGCUGACGUGGUCAUGGCGCAGUACCGCCAGGGGGACAUUGUGUGGGUGCAUGACUACCACCUCAUGCUGCUGCCUCAGUACCUUAAAGCCCGCAGCCCCAACAUGAAGGUGGGGUGGUUCCUGCACACGCCCUUCCCCUCCAGCGAGUUCUUCCGAGCGCUGCCCCUCAGAGAGGAGAUCCUGCAGGCCGUGCUCGCUGCUGACCUCAUCGGUUUCCACACGUAUGACUAUGGGCGGCACUUUGUGAGUGCGUGUGCGCGCAUUCUCGGGCUGGAGGGCACGCCAGAGGGGGUGGAGGACCACGGGAGGCUCACACGCGUCGCUGCGUUCCCCAUUGGCAUAGACCCGGAGCGGUUCAUCUCAGCACUGGAAAGCAACGUGGUGAAGACACACAUUGCAGAGCUCAGGGCGCGAUUCUCUGGCCGCAAGGUGAUGCUGGGAGUGGACCGGCUGGACAUGAUAAAGGGCAUACCGCAGAAGCUGAUAGCGUUUGAGAAGUUCCUCGAGGAGCACCCCGACUGGCGCGACAAGGUGCUCCUCGUGCAGAUCGCCGUGCCCUCCCGCACCGACGUGCCCGAGUGUGAGUGCCCCGUGCUGCUGGUAACUGAGUGUGCAUGUUCGAAUAAGCUGACGAGUCUGGUGCAUGAGAUCGUGGGGCGAAUCAACGGUCGAUUCGGCACUCUCACCACCGUGCCCAUCCACCACUUGGACCGCUCCCUCGCAUUCCAUGAGCUGUGCGCCCUGUACGCCAUAACAGACGUGCUGCUCGUGACAUCGCUGCGGGACGGCAUGAACCUGGUCAGCUACGAGUACGUGGCGUGCCAGAACUACAAGAAGGGCGUGCUCAUCCUCAGCGAGUUUGCAGGCGCAGCGCAGUCACUCGGCGCGGGCGCGCUGCUGGUGAACCCGUGGAACAUAACGGACAUGUCGAGCGCCAUAGAGGAUGCUCUCACGAUGGGCGAGGAGGAGCGCGUGGACCGCCACCGCUACAACUUCCUCCACGUCACCACGCACACAGCACAGGCGUGGGCGGACACGUUUGUCAGCGAGUUGAACGACACGGUGGUGGAGGCACAGCUGCGCACGCUGCACAUCCCGCCGCUGCUGCCCGUGGCGCAGUGUGUUGACCGCUUCCACCAGUGCCGCAACCGCCUGCUCAUCCUCGGCUACAACGGCACGCUGACAGCCCAGGUGGAGCCGCACAGGCGACGCACGCCCGACCAGAUCAAGGAGAUGAAGGUCCGUCUACACCCCAUAAUGCCUGCCGUGCUGCGCCGGCUCUCCUCCGAUCCAGCCAAUACAGUCGUCAUUAUGAGCGGGUCAGAACGCGCCGUGCUGGACGAGGCGUUCAGCGAGUACAACGUGUGGCUGGCGGCGGAGAACGGCAUGUUCAUGCGGCACACUAGAGGGGAAUGGAUGACCACGAUGCCGGAACAUCUCAACAUGGACUGGCUGGACUCGGUGCAGUUGGUGUUUGAGUAUUUCACGGAACGCACGCCGCGGUCGUACGUGGAGGAGAGGGAGACGUCGCUGGUGUGGAACUACAAGUAUGCCGACGUGGAGUUUGGCCGCGUGCAGGCCAGGGACAUGCUGCAGCACCUGUGGACGGGGCCGAUUUCCAACACUGCAGUGGACGUGGUGCAGGUAAGACUGGAUGCACCUCCUCCAGCAGGUGGUUCACAUCCGCAGGUGGUGCUGUUUCUCAUGCACGUGCAGACUAGGUCACUAGGGACAUGCUCCAGCACGGCCCGCGACAUGCUGCAGCACCUGUGGACGGGCCCCAUCUCAAACACGGCUGUGGAUGUUGUUCAGGUGUGCGUGCAGGCCAGAGACAUGCUGCAGCACCUGUGGACGGGACCCAUCUCCAACACUGCAGUCGACAUCGUGCACCGUCUCAGUAGCAUGUUUUCCCCCUUUGCUCACCUGCGCUCCCCGUCACAGGGUGGCAAGUCAGUGGAGGUGCGGCCGGUGGGGGUGAGCAAGGGGGCAGCAAUGGAGAGGGUGCUGGGCGAGAUAGUGCAUCAGAAGCCGCUGCCCUGCCCCUUUGACUUCGUCAUGACUGUCGGCCACUUCCUCUCACGGGACGAGGACAUAUACCAGUUCUUUGAACCGGACUUGCCUCACGACAACAACAUGCCGCCCGGCAUGGAGGGUUACCAGCAGAGCAUGGAUGGCACCAUGGGUCCCAUGGAUGGUACCUGCGGUGUGUCCAUGGAUGGUAACAUGGUAACCAUGAGUGGUGCGUCUUUGGACGGGGCAGCCAUGGAUCAAGUCACCAGGGAUCAUAUCACGGCUCUUGAGCAUGCUGAUUCAUACUUACCCGAGUAUUACACUACCAGCCCCACCACCACGUUUGAUACAAGCAUCACCGCUACAAGCACUCUCACUGCUCCUCACGAUCGCUCUAAUCCUCCCCCUGACACCAAGCCUCCCCCGGGCCUGCCGCCUGCUCCGCCUCCGAGUGCUCCCGGACCUGACAGUCUAGGUUCGGCGCCGCUGCCUAUGUUUGCCGGACCAGGAUAUGGCAGCCCCGUGCCUCAGUCUGCGGCUCGGGGGGGAGGUUCGGGACCGCUGGUGGCUCGGGUGAUCUUCGGGGAUUCGCAGAGCAGAAACCAAAUGGAAGGAGGGGGAAGACAUGCAGGGAGGGAUGGUGGUGGUGCUGCUGCUGCUGCUGCUGCGGCUGCUGCUGCUGCUACUGCUGCUACUGCUGCUCCUGCUGCCUCAGCAGCUGCGUCUGGGGCUUCGGUUGCUACAGGUUCCAGCUCUCCCUCUCCCUCUUUCUCCGCUGCUGCUGCUGCUGCUACUGCUGCUCCUGCUGCAGUGGCUGCGGCUGCUGCUUUCUCAGACGCUGGCCCACGGCCACACACUCCCGACUCUGUCACAGCACGCGGCAGCCGGCUCAAGGCUGAAUCCCGGGCGGGAGGGGGCACUGAUGGAGACGCAGUUGGGUUGGAGGGAAGAGCAGCACCUGCCGGGGUAGGUGCAGGGACAGGAGCAGCGGCAGGGGCAGGGGGGGUAGGUGGGAGUAGCAGUGGGAGAAGCCGCGGGAGUGGGUUGGGAGGGUUCCGGUGGAAAGGGAGUAAGAAGUCUGAGAAGAAAUCUGCCUUCUCCUUCUCCUCGCCGUCACUGGUCAGUCUGCUUGGGUCAGCUUUGGAAGGCGCCACGGGCAGCCCGAGAAAAACUAGCAUGGGGAGAAGCAGCAGUGGUGGACGGGGGGAGGCUGAGUUGUGUUCUCCAGGUGCAGGCAAUGCUGCUGGGACGCAAGGAGUGGGGAAUGGGAGUGGACGGAACGAGCAAGGGAAUGGAGGUGAAGCAGGCGAGAGAUUGCUUGCGCCGAUCACAGGGUUUUCCAACCUCUCGAGCUUUUCAAGCCAUUCUGGGACGACUGGCGUUUCAGACGAGUCGAGGUUUUCCACACAGGAGAGCUCAUCGAUGCUUCCGACUGUUUUAGACUCGGAGGAGGAUGGGCAUGGGGAGGAAAUAAGCCAUCGCAGCAGCGGGGAGUAUUGCCCGAUUGUCGAUCUCAAUGCCGAUUCGUACUUUUCGUGUGCUGUGGGGCGCAAGCGGUCUUUGGCUCGGGGCGGCGGGCCCGGACGGGGACCCGGUGGGGGCCUCGGGCUGGGCCCUGGCGCCGCUCUGGGGACGUUCUAUGGCCACGUGGAGGCUGAUCUGACAGGUAGCGGCAACAUCACAGGGCGCAUGCACGUUGUUGUCUUCAAGAACAACACCGACUACAACGUCCGUUACGUGCUGAGGAUCGGCGGCCUGCCGACCCCAGGUCUUCCUACCGCUGCAGCCGUCCUGAAUAACGACAACACAGUCCUUGAUUUCCCUGAUGCCACGUGGACCAACACCACUGGCCAGCAGCCUUAUGGCUACGGUUGGAGGAGGCGCAACCGUGCAUGGGUCUUUGGUGUGUGUUUCCGUUACAAUGCGACUGGGGUUUACUACAACGCGAACACGAAGACCACUGAUGGCGGCAAGACAAUUGGGUCUAUUGCUGUGGCCAUGGUUGCUGCUCCUGCAGCUUAUAGCGGCCGUAUCACUGCUCCUGGUGGCGUUGCUGCUGGCAAGUUCCACACCUGGCGUUAG